GUUGAACUAAUGAACCUUGUGCUUUAUUCAGGCUUCAGUCAUUAUCAGGAUGCUCUACCUGAUCUACUGCAGGGUUUAUGUUAGCCGUAGCAUGUGCUUUCUGCUGGUGUAGUUGUCCAGCAGAUGCCAAAGAAAUAAAUGAGUCAGUUCAUUAGAUAGCCUAAUAUUGUGUGACCCUAAGAUCUGUUGCCAAGGCAACUUAAAUAUAAACUUAUAUUAUGAAAAAAAAUGAGUUUUUGCCUUUGCUGUUAAGACAUUGAGAGAUUUAGUCAGAUGUGACUGAAGCUGGAUUCAGACCAGUACAGUCCUGCGCUGUGGCUUGACACCAGUUAACAUGACUGUGAAUCAGCCGGCAGCUCUGCAGUUAAAUAACAUCAGAGAUGAUGACUGAGGCGAAGAGUCGAGCCGUCCGGGUCGUGAUGUUCCUCCUCGCCGUGAGUUUGUCCGGCGGCGACGGGUUGACCGGUCCGGACUGCAGCAGCAGCAGCAGCAGCAGCAGCUCGUCCGCCGCGGAGACGAACGGCGCGGCGUGUUUACUGACGGCCGUAGUGGACACACACAGAGCGGAGCAGAGCCAGAGACAACACCUGGAGGCUCUGUUCAACAGAUACGGAGAAAACGGCACCAUCUCUCUGGCUGGUUUAAAGCGUCUCUUACAGAACGUGGGCUUGGGUCGCAUCAGGACCGUUACGGCACAACAUCACGAGCAACUGGGCCACCGCGACCACCCGCACCACCAUCACCACCACCACCACCACCACAAGGGCCACAACCACCACCACCAUCCCCAUGACGACAGCGACGACAACUCGCAUCACCAGAAACACGGCGAACCCUCGCAGCCCGGGAAGUCCCCGAAGACCCCCGACGUCACCAAAGAGGGCACGAUGGUGAAGAAAGCGGAGAACCCGGACAGCCAUAACAGUCUGUACGACAAGAAGAGCGCGGCGGCGGCGGCGGCUCAGGAGGUCGGCACCACGGCGGCGUCCAGCGCACAGCUGAUGGUGAAAAUGGAUGCAGGAGAGGAACCCACCGCAGCCAGACUGGUCACUGAAACUCAGACGCAGGAGGCUGCGGUCACGCAUGACCACGACCAUACGAACCAUGACCUCCUUCACAACCGAAGCCUCCCCGCUGCUGAGUGUCUGAACGCCUCCAGCAUCCUCUCCUCACACGGGAUGUCUCAGGAAAUGAACAUGACCCUCGGUGACUUCAGCUUCCUCUGUCCCGCCCUCCUCAACCAGAUUGACGGCGGAGCGUGCAUCCUGCACAGAGACGCCGCCAAACACGGAGACAGAGACCACAAACAUCAUAAACAUGCUCACGAUCACCAUGGUGACCACAACCACUCGGACCACGACCACAGCGGUCGAGAAAGUGGAGAAAGUGGCCGAAACAUCGCAACAGCGUGGGUCGGCGGGUUCGUGUCCAUCACGAUCAUCAGCCUGCUGUCUCUGGCCGGAGUCGUCCUCAUCCCGCUCAUGAACAGGGUUUUCUUCAAGUUCCUCCUCAGCUUCCUGGUGGCGCUGGCCGUCGGCACGCUGAGCGGCGACGCCUUCUUGCAUCUCAUCCCACACUCUCAGGGAGGACACCAUCACCACCACGACGUCUCCGGGAUGAAUAUGGAGGGACAUCAUCACCUCCACGAUGAACACGAGGAAAACCUGGACGGUGUGUGGAAAGGUCUGACGGCUCUGAGCGGCGUCUACGUCAUGUUUCUCAUCGAACACUUCCUGACGCUCGGAAAAAUGUACAAGGACAAGAAACAAAAGAUCCAGAAGAAGUGGGAUCAGAACGACAAAGCGGAUCCGGAGAAGCAACCGGCUCUGGAAGAGAACGACCUGAAGCCAACCGAAGACGUGGAAACUAACGGCGCCGGUACAUUCGGUGACCACUCCAGCGGCCUGCACGGCAGCAGCGUGGCGGAGGAGGAGCAGGUGAUGCUGGCGCCGCAGGUGUCCGUCGUCUCGCCGCAGGGUUACGGCCGAGCGUCGGGCGCCGCCGCCGCCUACACCGACGAGGACUGCGAGAACAAAUGCCACUCGCACUUCCACGACACGGUGGGCCAGGCCGACAGCAUGCACCACCAUCACCACGACUACCACCACAUCCUGCACCACCACCACUCCCAGAACCACCACCCUCACAGCCACUCCCACUCCUACUCAGAGCAGCACUUCCAGCAGGCCGGCGUGGCCACGCUCGCCUGGAUGGUCAUCAUGGGAGACGGACUGCACAACUUCAGCGACGGCCUCGCUAUCGGAGCUGCCUUCACUGAGGGUCUGUCCAGUGGUCUCAGCACGUCUGUGGCUGUUUUCUGUCACGAGCUGCCUCACGAGUUGGGUGACUUUGCGGUGCUCCUGAAGGCCGGUAUGACGGUGCGUCAGGCCAUCCUCUACAACGUGCUGUCGGCCAUGAUGGCGUACCUGGGCAUGGUGACGGGCAUCUUGAUCGGACAUUACGCAGAGAACAUCGCCACGUGGAUAUUCGCCCUCACGGCGGGACUCUUCAUGUACGUGGCUCUGGUGGACAUGGUGCCGGAGAUGUUGCACAACGACGCCGGGGACCACGGCUUCAGCCACUGGGGUUUCUUCCUGCUCCAGAACGCCGGCAUCCUGCUGGGCUUCUGCAUAAUGCUGCUAAUCGCCAUUUUCGAGCACAAAAUCCAGCUGGACCUGGGAUACUGAAAGCAGAGGUGUUUCGAUCCUGAGCUCCCACCUUGCAUUCCAGUGUCUGUGUCAGAAGUGUAGUGUUUUUUUUUUUGUUUUGUUUUUUUUAAUUUCUUGUUCUAGACAAGUCAGAGCUUGAUUUUUAGUUUUAUGUUUUCAUCUCGGUCGUCGUAGCUGAAACAGAAGGUACACAUGUAGGAGCUUCUGAGGCUCAAAUAUCUGCAGCUCAAACUGAGAAUUAGUCCAAGAAUAACUGACAAAGUUGUUUUUUGUUUUUUUUUUACAUUUUCUUGGACUACAGUUAAAAACAUGCAGCAUUUCUUCCUGUGUCAACAAACUUGUGAUUCCCAAGUGGGAGAUAAGAGUCUAUAAAAUUCCCCCCCCCCCCCCCCCCCCGUCCAAAUCGCUCGUUCGAUCAGUUUUCAGUCUAUAUUUACGAUAAAUCCAGUAAGACGUGAAAGCAGCGAAAAAAAUGGUAUCUGUUUCCCCCAUGACGUCACUUGAUUGAUUUAUUUCCUCCAUUAUGUGUGAUAUUUACUUUAUCUGAUGUGUUGGACGUGUUUCUGCUGCUGAAUGGAACCACAUCAGUAUUACAGUAGAGACCAAAGUGCCAUAACAGCCCGACUGUUCAUACAACACUGUGCCGGGUAACAUUUUAACGUUCCUCCUCUAAGAACUAAAGGUACGAAAACUUUAAGCCUCGAUCUUUUGCCAGUUAUUCUCUGCGUGCACUAUUAUCCUGAUUUAAAGCUGUGACUUAACGAUUAUCAUCGAUUUUUAAUGUCAGAAAUUAGUCAAAAACAUCCCGUUCUGAUGCUCCAAAACCACAAAAUAUUCACAUUUCAGAAGCUCUUCUUUGCAAAAUAACUUAAAAUGAUAAAUCGUUUAUGAGAAUUGAUGGUUUAAUGGUUUUUGAGUCUAAUUGUCAACAUUCCUAAGAGACCAUCCAGUCCACAGUUUGUGGUGUUGUUGCUUAUUGCAACGAUAACGGUAGUAAAAACUACAAAUAUUCCAUAAAUGUACACACAGUUACCAGUUUAUUAGGUACAACCAGCUGAAAAUAACACAAUCUAACACAACAUUGCAUCAUUCAGAGAAGAGUUUUGGUUAUUUAGUUUUAGAUUUAUCUUCAUUGAUACAUAUAGGGUGGACAAAUAAUACAAAUAAGAAACACCUGUCAGUGUAACGUGCAGCCCAGAGAGCUGCAACUACUCAUUAGUUUCACUAUCGAUUAAUUGGCUGAUUAUCGCAAUCAAUCAAUAUAAAAUCAUAAAACAGUGGGAAAAUGGGGGGAAAUGUCCAUCACAGAUCACAACACUGAAAUAUAUUCAGUUUAUAAUGAUACAGAAACAGAAAACAGAGAAAAGCAGCAAAUCUUCACAAAACAGAAGCUGGAAGCAGAGAAUUUGUCGUUUCUGCUUAAAAAAAAAGACGAAACGAUUAUUUGAUAAUCAGAGUUGUUGCGUUAGUUGCAUUAGUUUUAGCUAGCUGUACCUAAUAAACUGCCAUGUGUGUGUGUGUAUAUGUCACAGGGAUGACUUCUAAAUGCUUAUAGAGGGGACUUAUAAAAAGUGUUACCCAGUAAGGAUCAUUUGCCAUAAAGAGCAACACACACCGACCUCGUCUCGUAGCGUCGUUUAACGCUUGUUAGAAACAGAAGAAGAAGUAGUUAUUGUACGCUAACCAGGAAUGUAAAGAUCCUGGAAAUGAGCCAAUGUGAUUUAAAAAAAAAACGAGUGUUGACGUUGGGAAAACAGGACAGCGGCGAAUCUCGACGUGGUUUCAAUCUGCACUUAAUAGACAUAGAAAAGAUGUCCAGUGCCACAAAUAAGAGUCAGGUGAUCGGCAGGUAAAACCAGACUGAGAAUACGAAGCUGCUUUGUUACACACGUCCUUCUUACAGGCGGACAUGUGGAGGUGAAUCUAAGUGCCCGACAGUAACCCGCAGCGUUUUAUUCAAUAACGAUCUACCUUUGGUGUCUUGCAGAAGGAGCCUCGUCGGGAUCAUCGAACUCACUGUGAAGAGUUCUCUGGUACGAAUCAUCAACGUGUUACACACUCACACUCACAUCCUCAAACGUUUGAGUCGGUACGUCGUACGUUCAGCUACAUCAGCAGGAAAUCCGUCCGUUAAACGAACUCGAGUUCAGCCAGAUGAAGGAAAAAAAAAAAAGUUUCUUAUCAGUUUGAAAAUGAAGACUCGCCGGGUACAAACACGUAAAACCACAGUCGGCUGUUACAGUUUAAAUGCUUUUGAAAGAGUUUGCUGUUAGUUCUGAUGCGUGAGGAAGAAUAUCUUAUAAUGUUUAGUUUAAAAAAAAAAAAAAAAAAAAAGAGACAGAAAGAUGCAGCUGCGUAGAGUCGAGGCUUCAGACUUGAAAUAGAUAUUAAUAGUGAUAUGAGUUAGUCUUUUUAAAUAAUGCGCUUUCAGUCGCUGGGAGGUCAUUUGUUGUUUUUUUGAUGUCAAGCUUUGCCUGUUUCAACAUGUUGAAAGUCAGUUUUGAACUUUGACCUGUUCUUGAUUCAUGACUGGACAAGAACAAGAUAGAAGUUAAUUAUGAUCUUAAGAGCGUUUUUUCUUGUGACAAAAGGUCAAAAGAUAAUAAUAAGUCUUGUUAAUCUGAGGUUAUUGAAGGUUUUAGAUGAACUUCAUAACAGUUUACAUUUAGUUCAACAAUGAUCGAUGAUGGGUUUGAGUCAGUCCAGUCUGUCGGAACAGCUUCUCCCUCUACGGUCUGACACUUCUAUAACCGACACUCCUGCAUUCACCUCGCUCUGUGAUUGGUCAGCUGUGAGUCAGGGGGUUGAACUUCUCUCUCAGCUCUUUUUUUUUUUUUUUUUUUUUUCCCGCCACCAUUUGUUUUUCUGUCACUGUUCAUGUGAACAUCAGAGUGCAGCAACAUUAUGAAUGUCUUCCAGGAGAGACAGAGUCUGUGCUACAUGUGUGUUAUUCCCAUAUUUAAAACAAAAAGGCCGACUUUUCACUCCACUUUUCAUUCGUGGCCGUUCGGAAACAACCAAACACUUCCUGACGAUUAUCUGACGUGUCCGGACGACACGUCUUACGAACAAGUUCCUUUUCAAUCAUAUGUGACCCUCUCAGGAGAUCCACAAAAACAACUGAAGACCAUUUAUUGAAAGAAAAAAGAGGGGAAACUCAGCAGCUAGACGGUUUGCUUUAAUGUAUUUUUUUUUUGUUUAAUUUAUUUUUUUAUCGUAUUGUUACAGUCGGAGAGUUGGCGUGGCAGCUCAAAAAAAAAAAAAAAAGACCUUUGUUACAAUAUUACUCCUGUUCAGUUUGAAUGUUUUUUUUUUUUAUUAUUAUUAUUAUCACAGCAGGAACACAUGUCAAAGUAUAAAUGUCCAGCAUGAAGUCAGUUUGAAUGGUUUUGUGUAUUCUUGAGUCUCUGACGUUUAGGUCAAAUAAGAUUCCUUCAUGUCAAAAGUUCUUUUCUGUCAUUUGAAAAAAAACAAAACAACAUUUAACAGCUCAGAAAACUACAAAAAUCAAAUUGAAUCCAGAUGUAAACCUUACUGUGUAUAUUUCAUGUACAAUAUUAUACUGUAUGUAUAUAUUUAUGUACAAUACUGUACAAGUACAUUUCAUUUGUUGACUGUAGUUUCACUUUCUGUGCUGUUUGUUGUGAAGAGUCUCGACUUAAAUUCAUCACCGUUUCAAUUAAUGUGUUUGAAUCUAAGAAAAAGGAGGGAAUUAUUCCUAUUUGUUUUUUUUUUUUAUCUAAAACAAAAAGUGUUUGAAAUGAAUUUUGUUCAUGGAGGGAACAACAGCAGGUGGAUAAAAUAAUCUAACAGCUGUGUAAGUAAUUCAUGAUGUUUGGUUUUUAUUGAAAAUGAUCAGAGUUGCUGAUUUGACCCGAUGGUCAUUUUUCAGGCUGCGGUUUGUUGUUGUUGUUAAACUUAACAUCGUGUCAGAAGGAUCAUCAGACCCCAACCGAAACUGACAACAAGAGGAAGUUUUAAAAAAAAAAUAAUGAACUUCUGCAGCAUGUUUCUAGUUUCAGUACAAGUUCCUCAAAAUUAAACAUGUUGCACAGCUCUUCUCAGAGAUAACAAGAUUUAUUCUCCAAACCGUUUUGUGCUACGUUUCCUGAAGGCAAGAAAGCCAAAGAUGUUUGGUGAAUAAAGCAAAGUGUGUAUAAAGUGAGUUGUAUCAUGUAGUUUAAAAAAAAAACGAUCAAGUACUGAAAGUGUGCAGCAAAAUGUCCUGACUGAGUCCAUGAUUUGUGACAUUUAUACAUCUAUAAAAUGUCGACUUUUAUUCCCAAACAUGUUAAAAUGCAGAAAAAAAAAAAUCAUUGUCAAUGUUUAAAAAAGUGAAAUGUUGUUGCUACAGCUGAGAAACGGUAUAUAUUUACAGCUUGUUACUCAACUCCUAUUUUUUUUUUUUUUUAAAAAGCAGCCCCACGUUACACUACAGAUCAGACCAAAUUAAGUAAGUUUGCACUGUGUUAUAUUUCGGCAAAUGUCUUGUAUAUUUUUCUGUAAAAAUGAUACUUGUUUUUCUUUUUUUUUUUUUUUGUACAAAAUAUGUUUUUAUUUGGCAAAUUAAGGUGUUUUGUUGUCACUACCUCUUGAAUCAUUUUCACCAGUUGUAAAACAUUUCGACCACCCGGCCUCCAUUAAAAGUACACCUUCACAUACACUGACUACUGAAACACCACAAUUACUUGGUGCAACAGUUGGUAACAAAGUGACCAUCGAGUCCAGUCAUCACCUCGAACUGUUUCCAAGAAAAAAGAGAAAUUCACCAAACUGAUUUUUUGCUACCGAGCUCUUUAAACAGUGUUUCUGUUAUUUUGUCCACCCUUUGCACCUCUGUAUUGAAUCACUGACUGCAGUAUCCUUCAGGCAGCUUUGAUGUUGACUUAUUGUGCUCUCUGACAUUCCUGAACACAAAUAAACUUGGUCACCUUCCCAGAA